CAUUUAAAAAUAAAAAAACAAAAACAAAAGCAGCAGUACUUCCGGUUCCAGCCUGUGACGCGAACAUCAGGCGACUGAGAGAAGUACUUCCCCCGUGCUCUGGAGUUGGACGUGGCCAUCACGCACUUUAUAUAUCAACCACUCAUGCAGCGCUGCCUCACUCUGACCUUUGCCCGGCACAGCAGGCUCCUCUUGAGAAAUAAAUUCGCAACUGUCCACUGCCAGCAGUCAGCAGCCAUGUCGGGUCUCCUCAUCAACCAGCCCAAAUACGCCUGGCUGAAGGAGCUGGGCCUGUCUGAGGACAACCCUGGCGUCUACAAUGGGAGCUGGGGAGGCAGCGGGGAAGUCAUCACGUCAUACUGCCCCGCCAACAAUGAGCCCAUCGCCAGAGUAACCCAGGCAACCAUGGCGGAGUAUGAAGAAACUGUCCAGAAGACAAGGGAGGCUUGGAAGAUGUGGGCAGAUAUUCCAGCUCCCAAAAGAGGGGAGAUUGUGAGGCAGAUUGGAGAUGCACUAAGAAAGAAGAUUAAUGUCCUCGGGAGCCUGGUGUCUCUAGAAAUGGGCAAGAUCUAUGUUGAGGGAGUGGGAGAGGUUCAGGAAUACGUUGACGUCUGUGAUUACGCUGUUGGUUUGUCUAGAAUGAUUGGCGGGCCUAUGCUGCCAUCAGAGAGACCAGGCCAUGCCCUGAUCGAACAGUGGAACCCAGUUGGUCUCGUCGGCAUCAUUACCGCCUUUAACUUCCCUGUGGCUGUCUAUGGCUGGAACAACGCCAUCGCUCUGACCUGUGGCAACGUCUGCCUCUGGAAAGGAGCUCCAACCACAUCUCUCACAAGUGUUGCAGUUACCAGGAUUGUGGCAGAGGUGCUGGAGAAAAACAACCUGCCCGGCGCUAUCUGCUCCAUGACCUGCGGAGGCGCCGAUAUCGGCACAGCCAUGGCAAAGGAUGAGCGUGUGGAUCUAGUGUCGUUCACAGGCAGCACCCAUGUUGGCAAGAUGGUAGCCAUGAUGGUGCAGGACAGGUUCGGUCGUAAGCUGCUGGAGCUCGGCGGGAACAACGCGAUCAUCGUGUUUGAAGAUGCCGACCUGAAUCUCGUUGUGCCGUCCGCCGUCUUUGCGUCGGUGGGAACCGCCGGCCAGCGCUGCACCACAACCAGGAGGCUGAUGCUGCACGAGAGCCUUCACGACGCAGUGGUUGAGAGGGUCUCCAAGGCCUACAAACAAGUCCGCAUCGGAGACCCGUGGGAUCACACCACCCUUUAUGGGCCUCUGCACACCAAACAAGCUGUGGAUCAGUAUCUGGCGGCUAUUGAGAAGGCCAAGCAGCAAGGUGGCACCGUGGUCUGCGGCGGAAAGGUGAUGGACCGUCCUGGAAACUACGUGGAGCCGACCAUCAUCACCGGGCUGGCUCACGACGCUCCCAUUGUCCACACCGAAACCUUCGUCCCCAUACUGUACGUCCUCAAGUUCAAGACGGAAGAGGAGGCAUUUACCUGGAACAACGAGGUCCAGCAGGGCCUGUCCAGCAGCAUCUUCACCAAAGAUAUGGGGCGGGUUUUCCGCUGGCUGGGGCCUAAAGGAUCCGACUGCGGCAUCGUGAAUGUCAACAUUCCUACAAGCGGAGCCGAGAUCGGAGGAGCCUUUGGUGGAGAGAAACACACAGGAGGUGGAAGAGAGUCUGGCAGCGACUCAUGGAAGCAGUACAUGAGACGUUCAACCUGCACGAUAAACUACAGCAAGGAUCUUCCUCUGGCCCAGGGAAUCAAGUUUGAGUGAAGCCUUCCUUCAUGGUUUGUUGUUUAAGCGUUCGAUGAGUCCAAAAGGACAACACUACAUGCAUUAGAGGCAGAGUGAUCUUUGUCAGUGCUUUUUUGCAUUCAGAGAGGUCAGUUUGAAUUUUAACAAAAUUUGGAAUCAAUUGUCCUGCAUCAAAUCUACGUCUAUGAUUGUUGCUUCAGAUAUUAAUCCUGGUUUGAAAAUACUUUUGUGUGAAAGGUCAAAUACUGUCCCCCCAAAUGUUGGUGAGCACUUUUCUACAAGCACUUAGAAAGGGAGUCUGAGUGCUAGAUGACUGUACCAGAUACUUUAUACUGUGUAAAAAAAUAAAUCUCACCUUUAUUUUGGGAAAAAAAAACUGGAGUGGACCUUAUUCAUGUGUAGAUUAAAUCUUUAAAUCAUUAUUGUCAACACAGACUGUUUAAAAUCUUUUCAUUAAUAUAACAUUAAUAGAAGGCGUCUAUUAAAUCACUGACUGUUUGCAUCUCCUUUACCAUAUUAAUAUACUGUACUUUGCAUCCUACAAGAAAGAGUCCCAGUGUGCUUUCCAGACAAUAAAACAAUAAAUAAAAGGCUCGAUGUUGA